AUGUCUAACUAUUCAUCUUGGGCACAUUUAUUGCGUGUGACUGCUCACAUUUUACGAGCUAUUCAAGCCUUUAAACGCCAAAUUUUGUUUUCGAAUCAAGUGACGGCUACCGAAAUCAACAAUGCCGCUUUAUUUUGGGUUAAAUACGUUCAAGAAAAUUCUUUUGCUCACGAAAUUCAGUGUCUUAAGGAAGGAAAACCAAUUCCUUCAAGUUCUCGCAUACAAAAGUUCUCACCCUUUCUCGAUGACAAAGAUAUCCUUAGAUUGGGCGGACGACUACGCCAGUCCAAGUUAUUGACUUACAAAAACCCACCAGCUAUUCUACCUAAUCAUCCGAUUUCCUUUUUAAUUUUGACACAAUUGCACAAAAAUUUAUUACACGGGGGAGUUCAGUUGACUCUUUAUAUGGCUCGAACUCAAUAUUGGAUUAUUGGUGCGCGAAAUCUCAUUAAAGGAAUUAUCAGGAAAUGUGUCACUUGCGUGAGAGACAAGGCGCGUGUUGAAAACCAACUUAUGGGAGAUUUACCUAGUGCUAGAAUAUCUCCUUCUCGUCCUUUCUCUCAUACCGGAAUUGAUUACGCGGGUCUAUUUUUGGUCCGCUCUAGUUCGGGUCGCGGAGCCAAGUCACAUAAGGCUUGGAUCGCUGUUUUUGUUUGUUUUUCUGUUAAAGCCAUACAUUUGGAGCUUGUUGACGAUUAUACGUCAGUUGCUUUUCUCGCAGCAUUGAGACGCUUUACCUCACAUCGGGGUUUACCAACAGAUAUUUAUAGUGACAAUGGCACAAAUUUUUGCGGUGCUCAUCGCGAAUUGUCACAUACAUUUAAGUUCAUUAUGAAAGAUCCGACGAUUGCUUCUCACAUGGCCUCAGACGGAAUCACGUGUCACUUCAUGCCUCCGUCUGCGCCGCAUUUUGGAGGUCUGUGGGAAGCUGGCGUGAAAAAUGUAAAAUUUCAUUUGCGUAGAUUAUUGUCAAACGCUCCUCCGACUUCCGAAGAAUUAACGACUUUACUUUGUCAAAUCGAAUGCUGCUUAAAUUCUCGACCUAUUGAUCAACUAAACGAAGAUCCAGAGAGUUGCGAAGCAUUAACUCCUGGACAUUUUUUAAUCGGAUCUGCGUUAAAAACUGUACCUGCGAUAUCUGUUCUGGAUCUACCUGAGAACCACUUGUCGCGUUGGCAGUUUUAUCAACGUGUCUUAGAACAGUUUUGGCGCUCAUGGUCCAGAGAUUAUUUACAGUCACUGCAACAGCGAACAAAGUGGUUGUCUGAGCGAGUUAAUUUGAAAAUUAACGAUGUUGUUUUAAGUUCGUACCUUUUGUUCUAUUGUGACCAUUGCAAUCUUAAAAAUAAGCUCGCAAGGUGGGCGGUAUGUUUACGAUUUCAUCGCAUUUAA